UUACUCAAGUGCGAGCCGCCUAUGCCCGGAGGCCGGGCCAGCGUGCUGCUGCCAGAGGCGUGAUCGAGAGCUCGAGCGACUGCAUCUUAAGAUGGACAAGGUUCUCAACGACAUGCAAUUUAUUAAAAAUUCUGUUAGUGGCCAGAUGACGACUGCGGUGACCAGACAGAGCCCCAGAAGAGACAUGCUGGCUGAUGAAAACAAAACUUAUUCGUCCCGCUGCCAACCUGACAAAACUGCACCAGAUUCGAGGAUGACGUUAGCUCCGGCUCAAAUCUUCACAAUCGCUGGCGACCUUUUCACCGACGCCCCCCCGCAGUCAGCCAUGGCACACUGCGUCGGAGCCGACUUCCUGAUGGGGGCUGGGCUGGCAGUUACCUUCAAGAGGAGAUUUGGCUUCCAAGGGUACUUGCAGUCCCUUGGCCUGCGCCCGGGCGAGGUCGCUCAGGUUGUAUGCGACAAAGAGGACCGGCUCAUCUUCCACCUGGUAACGAAACCUCGUUCUGCCCACUGCAGACCCCUGCCAGACGACUUCCGUGCAGCUGUCUUCGAGCUGGCGCGGCGGUGUGCCAAGGCGAAGGUGUCGACACUCUCGAUCCCCCGUAUAGGCGCUGGUCUUGACCGUCUCCCCUGGCCUUGGGUGCGCGGCGUGCUUGAGGAGGCCUUUGCUGGAAAGGACAUUGAUGUCCUCGUGUUCACGCAGCCCGCAGAGAGACAGCAGCGUAAGCAGAGAACGGUGGCCCCGAAGCGAAGUUGGCCUAGCGGCGCCCGUAAGACCGCUCGAGCUCCUGAAGCCGCUGUGGAGGGUGGAUCAGCUGGACACGGGGAGGGCAUCACUGCGACAUCGGGGGCCACCACCUCCCCCUCUGUGUCCAGUCCCACCCUGGCGGCCAGUAACUCAGACCCAUCUCGACACGUGGCCGCAGCUGCAGAGUCCCGGCCAGCGAGCGCCUCUACAAUGACUGUAAGAGGAGAUGCCAGUUGUUCUUUGAGGACGGUUCGGGCCCAGAGUCUGACGUGGAGCAGCCCUCCCCCUCCGCCCCCUGGCGUAGCAGUGCCAACCCUGAUUUAAAAGCUGCUAAAAUUACUGUCACGACCUCAACGGGUGGUUCCGCCGGACGCCAUCCGAAGGCCUGUGUUGUGACAGGGGCUCUAUCUUCCUGUGCGUCCGGCCCCACCCCAACAACCUACCCCUCAGGUGAUGUUAAUAACUUUCCUGCCCCUGAGGCACUUGUUGCCGAAGGGGCUCUCUUUCGGAUAAAAGAUGACGCUUUGGGAACUUCCAAUAGCAUGAAGAGUGCCGCACCCAGAAUCAGCAACAGUCCAGCCCAGCUGAAAAGAGUGCUCAGACCAAAAAGGAAAGCCACCCAGCCAGCUGAGAUGCCUGCUGCCGGCAAGGCGCCGCUGACGGGAAAAAACAGGGACACCAAGGGCAGCACGAGAACCAGCUAAGUGUAAACCUUUCUCUGCUUCUUUGGAACAUCGAGGGACUUAAAAAUGUGUUCCCCCUUCUCGACGUAAAUUUUCUUCGAAAAUUUGAUAUUAUAAUCUUGACUGAGACCUUUCUGUUAAAAGAAUUUGCAAUCCCGAAUUUCUAUUGUAAAAACCUAUUUGGUUCGAAACAGCGCUCUGGGAGACCUAUGCGCGGCGUGUCCGUAUUUUUCCGGCCGAGUCUGGGUAACCUUAAUAGCUACAUAAUCUUAGAUAAUUCUCUUAUCUUAAAUUUUCCUGAUUUGAGCAUUGUAGCAUCCUAUUUCAAUCCACUCAUGUCCCCAGACGAAGUCUGGGACGAGCUUAAUGAGUCCCUUUUGCACAUUUUAAAUCUUGAGAGUGUAAUCUUCGCAGGGGACUACAACUGCCGCUUAGACAAGAAGAAAGGAAAGGGAGAAAUAAUCUUAGAUUUUAUUUCGUUGAAUAAUCUUCAAUUAAUGAACUCUCUCCCUUUGCAAAGCACUUAUACCGCAAAAAAUGGCUCUAGCGUCGUGGAUCUUAUACUUUGUGGAUGUAAAAUCAAAAAUAAAUCAUUUAGAGUUA